CUGAGAACACCUCCACCCAGGAAAAGCCGGUAUAUUACACCGGGAAAAGCACAGAGCUGCAGUGUACGGUCUAACCAGCGCCUGCAUUGUAGCUUAAACUUACACAAAGUCUACCGCCUAACGUCAUGACCUAGCAUUAUUUGUACGGUAUUAACCUCGUUAACAUUAUUAGGUUAUACAUUUCCUUAGAAUUAACCACAAGCAAGAACCGUGUGACCGCAGCUAAUCUGCACAGGACUUCCCAUAACACCACAGAAGAGACUGAAUUACAAAAUGACUUUGGUGUCAUUGCUCUGCUAGCGGCAGGACUCUGCAUCACCACCACAGACCUGUUAUAAAGUGCCCUACACACAAGAUGUGCAUUGCCUCGCUAAUUCACCUAAAGGAAGUGCCUUUCUAUAGAUCAGUUCCAUAACAAUACUUUUCUUUACGAUAACUGCACGGCAGGGAUAACUGGGAAGCUCCCGGAAGCUGGAUACUGGCUAAUAAUAUACGAUGCUGGGCAACUUUUUUUCCACAUCAGAAUAAUUGUUAACGCAAGAACAUUACUCAGAGUUUGUUACAUACAGAGUUUUACUGCGCCUCAUGGAUCCUGGAGUGGAGGUGACCAUGUGGCCGGCCGGUAAGUGCCGGACAGUCCUCCAUACAGAGGAGCCGGAGGAUGUAACGGCACUGCGCGGAGCAAUGCAGGGACUGCACGCCGAAAUGGACGGUUUCAGGCGCGGAGUGGAACGGCAAAUGGAGGACGUGUUGAGGCUGGCUGCUCCGCUCUCCAGAUCCGUCACAGACUUGCAGUGCGAGAACCGGCGUUUGCGGGAGCAGGUGGAGAAACUUAGCCGCCAGGUGGAAGCACUGAGCCGGGCUGCGGGGUUGAAUGGGGAGAGUACGGCCAGGUACUCCAGUCACGCGCUGCUCUCUGUGUCCGGGAAAGCGCAGAAUGUUAUGACGGAGUCACAGAACCAUGUGGAGGAUGCAAGGAAUACUGGCUCUUCCGUAGUUGAAAAUGGACAUCACCAGUCCAGUCCAGAUAAAGCAAAAGGCUCUUCAGGCUUUGGCUCACAAGACGCUAUAGCACACGAACAUUCACCUGCACUUUCUGUGAGGAUGCCGCAUAUGCCAGUGACCGCUGUCACCAAAGGCACAGCAGAUAUACAUCCAAGCUCAUCCAAUGGCAGCAGCCGUCCUAAUUUGCAUGACCCCAAAAGUCCAACAGAGACGUCACCUAAACACAGCAACACACCAGGUGGUGUAAGGACAUGGAAUGCCAGCGUUGUCAAAACUAUGGGUGUAACUACAAAUUCAGAGAAAAUGAUUUCUGCCACAAAGACUACCCAGAGUUACAGUGUGACAGGCUCGUCUAUAAGUAGUGAAAGUACAGACAGAUAUUUUGAUGUCACUUCAAAAUCCCAGUCGCCUCCUCCUGCCAUUAAUCGUCAGGCUGAAAAGAAGCGGGAUCUGGUGAGGUCCCAGACAUUACCCCGCUCUUCUGGUACGCAGGCUCGCAAGGCCUUUUUUGAGAAGUUUGAUCCUGAUAGUUCCAAGGGCAAGGGGGAAUCCAAGGUGAAACUAAAAAGGUCUCAGAGUUUUGGCGUUUCCAGUGCCAGCAGCAUUAAGCAAAUUCUCUUGGAAUGGUGUCGCUCCAAAACAAUUGGCUAUAAGCACAUUGACCUACAGAACUUCUCAUCCAGCUGGAACGAUGGGAUGGCCUUUUGUGCCCUGGUCCACUCAUUCUUCCCAGAAGCUUUUGAUUAUGACGCUCUAGAGCCAACAAACCACAAACAGAAUUUCGAGCUGGCUUUCUCUACUGCAGAGAAAAUGGCUCACUGUGACCGUCUUAUUGAAGUGGAAGAUAUGCUUAUGAUGGGGAGGAAGCCAGAUCCGAUGUGUGUGUUUACCUAUGUGCAGUCGCUAUAUAAUCACCUGCGGCGUUUUGAGUGACAAGCACACUUACUGAAGUACAGUAGCUUCCUGUGAGCAAUCCCCCCCCCCCACUACAAAACUUCUUGCACCAUACUAUCCCUUCAGAACAACCACUACACAGACAAAGAACUCAUCAGCUGACACUCUAUGCAACUUCCAGCACUGUGACAACUGAAAAGCUGAUAAGACAGUACUGUCCUUGAGAUGCUUGGUACAUUCUAUUUUUACUACCGUUUACUGUUAAUGCCACCGAGAAGAAGUGGAUGGGAGCCAGCCUUUGUCACCUUCAGAGCUGAUUUGACAGUGUCUGUAAUACAGUCUACAGAACACAUCACAGGCUGUGCUAGUUGGUGUGUCGAUAAAAACAAAGUGCCAGGAGCACAGUGCAAGGCAGAAGCGGAGAUUCUUCAUUACCAGAGUGGCCUACAGCAUUACUGCCUUGUACAGCUAUGAAUCUAAGGCUGGUGCUAAGGAAAAAACAACACUUUAUGCUGUGAAUCUACUUAACGUUGCAGUAUGUCCCUGCUUACAGUGUGUGUUUGAUAUGUUCUACUGCUGGUUUUAUUUAGGAGAUGAAGAUAUUGCUUUGUGCUUCCCCUAUUUGUUUCACUACAAGAACGUUUGUAGCAUCACAUGUCCGAAGCGCGUGGAAAUGUUUGUUUAGAUGUUAGACAACAUUUAAACCCCAGUAGUGGAAUGCACAUGAUAAUGACAUGUAUGGGAGAGAUACAUUCUCCAUAGUAAUUGCCAAAAAGGUCACAUUUUUAAUUCUCUGGACUGAUUUUUACUUAAUACUCUAUGAGCAGAUGUAGAGUAUUGAUUAUUGUAUUUUUUCUUAUUUUAAAAGGACAUAAAGCUGCAAUAAUAAAAUACUUUAGUGUACAACAGUAUUGUUAUUUCACCAUUGUUUGCCUAUACCUGUGUUCAUUCCCCCACAAAAUGGUUAAACGCCUAGUUAAAGUCAACUACAGAGCUGCUAAUCAUGAACUGAAUACAGCUGGAAAGUGGCAGCUACACAUAUAUGGGCCCCCUAAUUGACUCACCAUCCUUGUUCAGCUCUGCACCAGUAAUGGUUCAGAGCUGACUUUAUCUGUUUAUUAAUCAUUUUGCAUGGGAUUAAGCACAUAGAUAUAGGCAACCAGCAAUGUAAUAUGAAAAUGCUGCAGAUUUAUAUCCCUUUAAAGCUGUCAGAAAAUAUUGCACUUGAUCUGAAUUUAAUAGUAAGCUCAAGUGAUUUUACUUUUUAUUAUCAUUCUUUAGAUAUUGUAUCAAUUUUAGAAAGUCCACUUUAGCCUUUUUCAAUUCUUACUUUAAAAAAAAAAAAAUUGCAAGACUACACAUGUUGUCUUCUGUAUUAUCACCAUGUUGAAAUAUCAAGGCCAGUUGCUUACAAUUACUUAAGGGCUGAGGAAGACUGCUGUAUUGCAUUUCAGGGAGGGAGUUAACUGCUGUUAAUGUUUCUAAAAGGUAAAUAUUGGAUAUUGAUAGAACAGUUCUGUUUGUGCUGAGAAAGAGUUUGAGCAGCCAGGCAGCCCAUACAUAUAUUGAUUGCAUUGUAGGUGUUUUUAAAAGGGUGUAUACAGCUUGAAAACUUAAAGGGACAUUAAACACUUAAUACAUGCUAGAUAGAAUGAUGCAUUCAAAGAAAAGAUUAGUCCAUGAGUAACAUGUAGAUGUAUUUUUUAAAGUUUCAUUAGUUGUUUAAAAAGUGAUAAAAUAAGAGUAAAGUUUUAGUGUCUAUAAAACACUGGGAGCUGCCAUGUUGUAACUUGUGUUACCUUCUCUGCUGUGGCCAAUUAGGGUCAGUUAUACAUAGGUCAUUAGAGUGGGCAGCCAAUGGUUGUGCUGGAUUUAACAGUGUUCUGCACUUCCAUUUCUAACAGGAACUGAAAAGCUCACAAUUUCAGAUUGGAAUUAAAAGGCAGAGGACAAACUAAAUAAUGCAAGUAUAUUGCAGAGUUGUUUUAUAUAUACAAUUUAUCAUUUUAUAUUACCAUCUCAAAGUGUUUAAUGUCCCUUUAACUGUGAAAUGUUCCAUUUACGCAGGUUUCUGCAAAUUUUACUCUUCAUUGGGCAGAAAAUAAUGAAUAUCUUACAAUGCAUGACAGAGAAUAGGUUUCAUUUUGUGUGUAUCCCAUGGUCCUUUACAACACAACCCUUCUUGAGUAUACAGAAGGAAAUAUGUUGCUGUAAUUUUACUUUAGACCAGAGAGACCUUAGCUGUAUUAUAAACAGCGUAUAUCUAACACAA